CUUUUCGUAUCUAUUACCCCAACAGCCAUGCCGAUCGGGCUCUUGUAACAGUAUAUACCCAUAUAGAGAUUCAAUUUGAAUCCGCAUGCCAGUUGCUGGUUCAAAAACGGCAAUCAUCCAAGCCGUCCUCAUCGCUUAAUUGAAUUCCCCUGUACCAUACAAUUACCUCAUGCUUCUCUUCAUAGCACCUGGCUUCAUCUCAAUUAAUUAGAUCAUCACCAAUGGCAUCAUCCCAUCUCCUCCGCCACACAUCCCCCGGCCCCUUAACUGUCAAACACUUCAUCGACUCCUUCCAGCGCAUAUGGCUGGAGUCACGACCAGCCAGAACAGGGCGGAAAUAUGACCCUCAUCUCCCACGCAGAAUCGGCCUCGCCAUAAGCGGCGGCGCCGACUCCAUGGCCCUCGCCUACCUCUGCAAACAAUGGGAACUAACCCAGAGGCAAACAAGCAACGAUACCGUCUCCGUGACAGCAUUCGUUGUGGACCACAAAGCCCGCGAGGAGAGUACUCGCGAAGCGAACAUGGUUGCAGGCUGGCUUGACGAUAUGGGCCUAACGACACAAAUCCUCCCCCUAACCUGGCCAUUCCACUCCAUAUCCGCCUUCGAAACCCACGCCCGGCGUCUGCGCUUCCAAGCUCUCGGGCAGGCCUGUCGAGCACGGAGCAUCGAGACCCUCCUCAUGGGCCAUCACCAAGACGACAACGUCGAGACGACCCUCUGGCGUCUCUGCACGGGGGCAAGGGGCGCCGGACUAGCGGGAAUUCCAGCGGUGACGCGCAUUCCUGAAUGCCAUGGGUUGUUUGGGGUUGCGGAGAGUGGAUCUUCAAUGACAUUAUCGAAACCGGCAAAUCAUAAUAAUUAUCGCAUCAAGACAACGAACACCAACGAACUAAGGCUUACAGAAUCACCACCCACCCCCACAACCCAGGACCAACAAAAGCAGUACCAAAUAUCAACAGGCGGCAUCUCCAUAACCCGCCCCCUCCUGUCCUUCCCCAAACGAUCCCUCCUCGCAACAUGCAAAGAAAACAACAUCCCCUACGUCGACGAUCCAACAAACUUCGACCCAACCUUGACUCCCAGAAAUGCCAUCAGGAGUCUCCUCGCGGAGAAGAAACUCCCACGUGCGCUGCGCGAAGAAUCUAUCCUUUCAUUGAUGAGAAAGAGUAAUUCGCUUCUGAGGUGCGUGACGGAGAACUCGAAUGAGAUUCUUGAGCGGUGCGAGGUCCUCGAGUUCGCGCCGGAUACGGGGUGUUUGAUUAUCAAGUUCCCAUCACCAUCAAAGAAACCCACCCCAACUGAAAUGAAUAAAGACGCAUCAUCCCUAACCCUCCGACGCAUCACCGAACUCAUCUCCCCAUUCCCGGAGAACCAUUUCCCGCUGCGGAGUUUCGAGCCUUUCGUUUCUCGUGUUUUCCCUUCUUCUUCUCCUCCUUCUUCCAUAUCACAAGAACGAGGAAAUACCCCAGCAAAGCAACAAUCUUUCACGCUAGGCGGCGUUAUGUUCCGGCCUCUUCGAUGCGAUUCCUCACCACCCCCUUCCUCAACCACCACCACAACCACACCUGAUAUCACAAACUAUGAAAAUACCUACCUCCUUACCCGCCAACCAUACAUGCGGAACCGUCUUCCUAUUCUUCCCGUCACUGUGCCUAUCUACCCACCCUCAUCGUCAACCUCAUCCUCAUCCUCAUGCUAUUCAACCCAGCACAGCGGGAACACAGAAACUUCCCAAAAACCCAUCAGUGCAUCGGACUGGCAUCUCUGGGAUAACAGGUACUGGUUCCGAGUUGCGGGGACGAGUAUACCACUUUCAUCAGGGGCAGGGGCAGGGGCAGGUGCAGGACCGAUGUCGCUGUCGCUGGUUGUGCGGCCGUUACAAAAGUCUGAUUUGAAGGGGAUUCGCAUGGCUGCGUCUAAAGAGGAGAUGAGAGUAUUGAUGGAUCGGUUGGGACGUGAUGCGCCGGGGUUGGUUCGCUUUACUUUGCCGUUGUUGGUGUAUGUUGGAGAUGGAGGGAAGGAGGUGCCGUUGGCGUUGCCGACUAUAGAGAUGUGGUUGCCUGAAGCUGAAGAUACUCUAAAGUCAAUGUCAUGUAGUGUCCGGUGGAAGUGGAUGUAUAAGAUGAUUGAUCGGGAACCGUUGGAACGGAUGGGUUGGUUGAAGAACUAGCUAAGCUAUGCUACAAAGAGAUUUCCAGACAAGGAAUGUACGCAUAAGUGAAGAUAUCACAGAGAAUAGGAAAGGAAGGAAUCGACAUGCAUGACCCGCCAACCCGAAGCAAACCCCGUCGGAUGCAGUCCAGAAUAGCCAAGCAGACCCGCAGGCUAUGCCACGACACAAAGGAAAGAGAAGUGUUAUGCACAGUGCGGAAUAAAUGAACGACGCUCCUGAGCAUCACCAUGGCUCAGACGCCAAAACCACCGCAGAAUAGAUUCCAAGAAAGAAAAGAACGAAGGAAAAGAAA